AUGUCCACGAUUCCUCUCAUUAAAGAUGCGUUGACUUAUGAUGAUGUGAAUGUGAACUUCACUCAAGAAGAGUGGGCUAUUCUGGAUCCUUUACAGAGGAGUCUCUACAAAGAUGUGAUGCUGGAGACCUAUAAGAACCUCACUGCUAUUGGCUGCAACUGGAAAGACCGUAAUAUUGAAGGACAUUUUCAAAGUUUCAGAAGACAUGUAAGUCUCAUAGUUAUCUCCAAGUACAUAAAAGAACACAUACUGGAGAGAAAGCCUAUGGAUGUGAUCAGUGUGGUAAAGCCUUUGGAUAUCAUGGUCAUCUUCAAAUACAUAAAAGAACACACACUGGAGAGAAAGCCUAUGAAUGUAAUCAGUGUGGUAAAGCCUUUGCAUAUCAUGGUCGUCUUCAAAUACAUCAAAGAAUGCAUACUGGAGAGAAACCCUAUGGAUGUGAUCAGUGUGGUAAAGCCUUUGGAUAUCAUGGUUAUCUUCAAAUACAUAAAAGAACACACACUGGAGAGAAAGCCUAUGGAUGUGAUCAGUGUGGUAAAGCCUUUGGAUAUCAUGGUCAUCUUCAAAUACAUAAAAGAACACACACUGGAGAGAAAGCCUAUGAAUGUAAUCAGUGUGGUAAAGCCUUUGCGUAUUCCGGUCGUCUUCAAAUACAUCAAAGAACGCACACUGGAGAAAAGCCCUAUGAAUGUAAUCAUUCUGGUAAAACAUUUGCACAACACAGUAAUCUCCAAGUGCAUAAAAGAACGCAUACUGGAGAGAAACCCUGUUAAUGUAAUCCGUGUGGUAAAGCCUUUGCAUAUCACAGUUAUCUCCAAGUACAUAAAAGAAUGCAUACUGGAGAGAAACCCUAUGGGUGUGAUCAAUGUGGUAAAGCCUUUGGAUAUCAUGGUCAUUUUCAAAUACAUCAAAGAACACAUACAGGAGAGAAACCCUAUGGAUGUAGUCAGUGUGGUAAAGCAUUUGCAGGUCAGAACGAUCUUAAAAGACAUGAAAGAAUUCAUACUGAAGAGAAACCCUACAAAUGUAAUGAAUGUGGUAAAGCCUUUGCGUGUAACAUAGUCUCCAAAUACACAAAGCAACCCAUACUGGAGUGAAACCUUACAAAUGUAAGCAAUGUUGUAAAUCCUUUGCCUCAUGGUCAACUUCAAAAACAUGAAAGAAUUCAUACUGGAGAGAAACCUUACAAAUGUGGUCAAUGUGGUAAAGCCUUUUCACAAUCAAGCCACUUCCAACUACACAAAAGAACACAUACUAAAGAGUAGCCCUGUGAAUGUAACCAAUGAGGUAAUAAAGCCUUUACUGUGAUCAUCAAAGGUGUGGUGGUUUAAAUAUACUUGGCCCAUAGCAAGUAUGGCCUUUCUGGAAUAGAUGUGGCCUUUGAGGAAGUAUGUCACUGGGGGAGGGGUGCGCUUUGAGAUCCUAUGCUUAAGCUCUACCCAGGGCAGAAGAGUCUUCUGGCUGCCUUCUGAUCAAGAUGGAGAACUCUCCUCCAGCACCAUGUCUGCUUGGACGCUGCCAUUCUUCCCACCUUGAUAAUAGACUGAACCUCUGAAUCUGUAUACCAUCCUCAAUUAAAUGUCCUUUCUAAGA